GGCUUGGCAGAACGCAGCAUUCCAUUCCAUGGUUGCACGCCCAGCGAUGGCGUGAGUGCGCCAGGCGACAUACACCUCUCUCUAUCUCUAGGUAGUGCAGUACGAGAUUAGGGCGGGUUGGAAGUUAGCUGGAUAACAGAAGUGUUCUAGUCACGUCGCGUCACCUACCUGUUGACCUGUGGCGAUUCGCAUCGUCAAGCCACCCUGCCGGCCGCACUUGAACUCUCUGGCAUUUUGCAGGUCAACCGUGAUCUCGUGUUACGCGCUAGACGGCAAUUCUGGGUCGUAACCAUUUUGCGUGCACGCUUGUGAAUCCGAGACUCGAGUAAUGCGUGUGCGCGCGGCAUAGCGCCGCUGCAGCGUCGCCAUGGUUCCCAAGGGCGACUCGCCCACCAUGCACGUGCGGCGGUGGGUGCGCCACCAUUGGCUGCCCUCAACCACCGCCGUCGCCACUCCCCCAUGCCAAAUGCCCUCGCCGUCCCGCCAGCAUUCUAGUAGUACCGCUACGACUCCGCCUGGUAGUGGCAGGCGCGCCGACCCCGUGGUAGAGGGGCUGGGGGAGGUCGGCAAAAGGCCGCACCAUCGCCAUGAAAAGGCCCCGGCGGCGGGCCAACCAGCACCAGCACUGCACGCAUCCCCGACUCGACCUCCCAUGCCGCUCCCCUCUCGCUCGCGCCUUGAUUCUCCAACCUCCCGUGCGGACCAACCACACCCUCCCGUCUCACUCGCGAGCCCCGCUCCACUGGUAACCACCGCCUUCUCCUCGCCGCCGCUGCCGCUGCCCAUGAGGGGCGAGGCGCAGGGCGGCGCGGCGUGGCAAGGCGCGGACGGCGGCAACACGUCAGGGCGGUCGGCGACGAGCGCCAGCAGCGCGGAGUGGUGGAGCCCCCCGCGGGGCGCGCGCACUGCCGGUGACGCGGGGGGCAAUGCGGCAGGGCUGGGGGCGGCGGAGAGGAGGGGACGGAGCGGCGCGAGCAGCGAGGAUGACGGCGAGGCUCGUUCCGACAACGAGCGGCACUCGGGGCACUCGCUCGUCGCCAACGCCGCGUCGCCGCUGCCAUCGUGGUGCCAUGCGCUCUCAUCCUCCCCGCGUGCCCCCGCCGCCUCCGACGGCGCGUCCGCACCCGUUGCCCCCCGGCAUGACAGCGACAGCGCGGCCAGCCCCCACGGCAGCGCAAGGCGGUGGGGAAGGGGAGGGCCGUCGGGCGGAGGAUGGGCCCUCAGCCGCAGCUGGAGCAGCAGCGGAAUCAGCUAUCCCCGCGCCGAUGGCGGAGUGAAUGGCAGCGGGGGAUACGGCGGGGCGAGUGGUGCGGGGAGCGGCGGCGGGAGCGGGAAGGCGUGCUGGUUCGGGUUCCAGCGGGGCAUCAGCGCGGACUACGACAUCGGCGACCUGGUCGGGCGCGGGCGCACGGGGGAGGUGCGCCGAGCGACGGCGCGCAAGGGCGCGCGGAGGGGGCGGCGGGGGAGGGCGGAGGAGCGGGGGCAGCCGGUGGUGGUGAAGACGAUCCGAAAGGCGGAGCUCACCACCGACGAGAUGCGUGCGGCGGUGCGGCGCGAGGUGGCGGUGCAGCGCCUGCUGCCGGCGCACCCGCACGUGGUGGCGUUCGAGGGCGCGUACGAGGACCACGGCAACGUCUACCUCGUGCUGCAGGAGUGCGAGGGCGGCGAGCUCAUGGACCUCAUGAUGGCGUCAGGCGUGGGCCAUGCGAGCGAGGCAGCGGCGCGGAACGUGGUGUGGCAGCUGCUGCACGCGCUGGCGCACUGCCACGCGCACGGGGUCGUGCACCGCGACGUCAAGCCCGAGAAUGUCCUCUUGGUCAGGAGCGGCAGCAGCAGCGCCCAUGACCCCCCCCAAGUGAAGCUCAUCGACUUCGGCCUGGCCGCGCUGCUGCCGCCCCUGCCCCUCUCCGCCUUCCCUGCUCCCUCCGCCACCACUGCUGCUGCCUGCCCAUCCGACGCAGUAGCAGCAGCAGCCUCGAGCAGCGCACAGCACACGGCAGAGCAGGGCCACAAGCAGAAGUCGGCCCAGUCGAGCUCAACUAUGCCCACCAUACCCCCAGCCACCGUGCCCGGCAUCCCCACCCCUGUGACCUCGCCCCUUCCCGUUACCACCCCACCCCAACCAUCCCUUGUCACGGCCCCCCUGGCGGUGCCGCUGCCGCACCUGCAGCAGGCGCUGUGGGAGGUGGUGGGGUCGCAGGACUACCUGUCCCCGGACGUCAUCCACGCCGCCUACGGCACGCCCGCCGACGUCUUCUCCCUCGCGUCCCUGGCGUACCUGCUGCUGUGCGGCCGCCUGCCCUUCUCGCCCUCGCCGCGCUGCCUCGCCUCCACACUGCACGCCGUGGCCACGCUGCCCGCGGGGUUUGGGGAGAGCGCGUGGGGGCUGGGGCGAGAGGGCGAGGAGAAGGAGGAGGAGAAAGGGGCGUGUGUGUCGAGGGAGGGGCGGUGUGCGGUGCAGAGCAUGAUGGCCAAGGACGCUGCCAGGCGACCCACGGCCACCAUGAUGCUCGCACACCCCUGGUUCCGCCAGCUGCACAGCUCGCCCUCGCCGCCUCAACCCACCACCGCACCUGGCACUGGGCCUGUGUGUGCUGCUGUCCCCCUGGACCCCUGUGUGCCCUUCUGCCUGCUGCACGUGCUGGCACUGGGUGCACCGGCUGCACAGCAGCUCAAGUCGCAGGCCCUGAGUCUGUACGGGGGCCAUGCGUGGGUGCGUGUGUAUGCUGUGUGGCAGUGCCACCACCUGCUUGGCGUGUGGCUGGGAGACAGCGUGCCCCCGGAGCAGGGGAGCACCAGCGUGCCCCUGUCGCAAGUACACAAGGCCCUCUCGCGCUGCGCAUGCAAGCCUCUCAGGGACGCCUUCCACAAGCAGGGGUCACGCCUUGGACUGAAACGAGCAAAAGUAAACGAAGUAGACGUUUUGAUGGCGGCCACGCUGGUCAUGUUACCGUGUUUACCAUAAUCCAGUGAAAAAUGUGUUCGUUAGAUGCCUAAAAUCUUAGCCACCACAAUUCCUUGCAUGGGGCACCUGACCUGGCACGAGUGGGGCACAGCAGCAGUAGUAGCAAGACCUUGUUGUGGUAUAAUUCAUACUUAGCAUUUCUGUAAUUUGUUUGUCGAUAGAUGGUGUCGAUGUCAAACAUGUAUAUCUGUUAUGUUUGCAUAGACUGUAUAGGGUCACC